ACGACAUCAAUGGACGUUGCCUGCGCAUCGACUGCGUUCUCGAGGAGCUCCUUGAGCGCGUUGCAGGGUCUUUGGAUGAUUUCUCCAGCAGCGAUGCGGUUCACGACGAGAGGGUCGAGCUUACGUAUGGCAGGUACUGCCAUGACGAGGGCAAGCGCAUGCGCUCAGCAGUACUAGCAGAAGCAGAGCAGAGUCGUUCAGUAGAGGUCAAGAGCAGAUGACACGAGCAGGUUACGCGAGCAAGUGAGCAGUCAGGCAGGUAAAGGGAGCAGUCCUGUAGCUUGAGCAGUUGAGCAGUUGAGCAGUUGUGUAGCCUUGUCCUUGUCCUCUUGAGCGACAAGAAAGAAACAAGAACAAGCAGCACAAGAUCACCAACCCGCUCCCUUGCUCGCCAUGGGACGGGCCAAAGGACGCAAGGGCAAAGUAGAGAGGCAUAACCCCAUCGCCGCAGCUGAUGCCCCUCCCCGUGUCCAUGCCGCUCGUAAAGCAGCUGCAAAGCCCUACCUUGCAAAACUUACUUCUACCGAUGCAAAGGAGCGCGCAGAGUCAGUAUCAGCCAUUGGAGCUAUGCUGCUGGAGGACAAAGACUUCAGGAAGCUAUUGAUCAAAGAGGAUGCAAUACGGUCGUUGCUGGACCGGCUGUCGGAUGAUGUCUUGGACGUACGUGUCGAAGCGAGUGGUGCUUUGCGCAAUCUAUGCCUGGACGAUGAUGCUGGCUACGAUAUGUGCACCAUGCUCUACAAAAUGAACAUACUUACACUACUGAGCAAGCGUUUGGCCGAUAUGGAUGGGAUUUUAAGUGUGGAUACAACCUCUACCGGCAAGCUCAAUAUGCGAUUGUAUGAAAAUAUCGUCGCCUUGCUGCUUGCAUUUGCUGAGACGUCAGAUACGAUCAUCAAUGGCAUCAACCAGGAGCUGAACUUGGUCGAGUACCUACCGAGAAUGAUGACUCGGCCUAUGCCCAGGUCUGCACGAGUACUAUCUGCGCAGUGCCUCAUGACACUUACAGAUGAUAACGUUUUUGCUGUUUCGCGCAUCGUUUCGGAUGCGGCAAUCCUAGCUAUUCUCUUCAAACUGAUUCAUGACGAAGACUUGGCGAUUGCAACCUUAGUCUGUGCGACGUUACAGAAUGUGGCUGAUCAAGGCACGAUACCAUCCCUAGUCGCUUCGCCGGCUAGCAUCCAGGAAAUUAUACUAAAGACCUACUCGAAGGCUAUCGCAGCAGCUGACUGGGAAAGAAUACUUGACUUGGAGGCAGAUCGACAGUCGGCGUUACUUGUCAUUGUUGAAACUGCUCUCGAAGGACUUGCCAAGUUGGCUACUCCCGACGAUGGUGAAGACGACGAGAUGCGCAUGGAUGUGGAUUCGCAGGUGGAUGAAGCCCUGAUGAAGCAUCUUGUGUCACUUGUCAAGCCUAUAUCAAGAUUGGCGACACCGCUAGAAGGCGCAACUGGUCCAGGGUACCCCGAGAAACUACAAAGCGUUCACCUGCUUGCACUCGAUGCACUACACAACCUGGCAUGGACUAUUGUCUCAGCACCCGAUGAAGCAAACCUUGCUGUCGCAUGGCACUCCCAGGCCGGCGACUUGUGGCAAUGGGCCUCUGCUGCGCUACCAAGAUGGCUGCAACUCGGUGAAGAAAUGGCCGAUAGUGCAUUCUCCUUAUUAUAUGGCAUUGCGAAAAGCCUGCGGGGCCUUGUCCCAGCGACCUUGCAAGACGUCAACAGUCUGAUCAAGCUAUACAAUGCGACACUCAACGCAGCGGUCCAGACCAAGAUUGUGGGUCUUGUUGGUUGCUUGGGUCAAGCACAGGGCAAGAUUGAUGUCAACAAGGCUGUCGGCACGUUUCUCGUGACGCUUGUUGCAUCGUAUCCACGGUCUGACGCAGAAUGUGUACUUGAGGCACUCGAUGCGUUGUUUGACAUCUACGCCGACGCAGCAUUCGACUAUGAUGAGCCAGUCUUCGUGCAGGGCGACUUUUGUACACACCUGGAACGCUGCGUACCACGCGUCAAGCAGCUGAAGGCGAGUCUCAAUAAGCAACGCGCACCAGACUUAUGGCACAAGGCGGAUGAGACGAUGGAUAAUUUGCUUGGUUUCAUUGAUUACAAGCGCAGCGAGCGUGCAUAGCUACAUGAUAUUUACACUUCUACGACAAAUCAUUCAUCCUGUACAUGAUGAACUCCGUUUUUGCCAGUUUGUCGUAAAGGGCUUGAGCUGUCUUGUUGGUGUACUGCGUCGACCAGUACAGUCGUGCAGCUCCUUGUUGGUGGGCCGCUUCCUUGACUGCGAGAAUCAAGGCCCGGCCAGCGCCUUUACCGCGGAUUUCGGGGUUCACGUAUAGAUCGUUGAGAUAACAGUACUGCUUGUCUGUCCAACUGGAUGCAUGGUAUAGAUAGUGCGUCAAGCCAAUGACAACGCCUUCAUCUACGGCAAUGAAGCCAAACAAGUCGCCUGAGGGGUCGACCAGGCGACUGUAGGUAUUGGUGUACUGUGCAUCUGACAACUCU